ACAAACCCACCAUCGCCUCUCACCCCUUCUCCCAACCACAACAAAAAUUUCUCUCCUUUUAGUCGAAAUCUGCAGCACCCAGAAUUGUUCUUUCUGCCUUUUUCUUAUCUCUUAUUUGGAAUCAAAAUAUUGAUCUUUUGGUAUUAUUGUGAAUGGUGGAAACAAUUCGGAGUGAUAGUAAUUUCAUGCUCUCCCUUUGCCAAUCAAGGGCGAGCGCUCUCCUACCUGUUUCUGCUGCCUCUGCUUUUGCAUUCGGUUCUUGCAAGGAAGGCUGGUACUACCGUUGCCUCGGCCUGGACCCAUAAACAACCCAGAAAAUCUUUAGCCUCCACCAAUAACCCAGAUUUUUUUUUGUUUAAAUAAAAAAACAAAAUAAACCUUUUUUUUUUAAUCUCGGUUGUUGGUGAAAUAUUCAUUCAAUUUUUGUUGAUUUGAUUUUUGGAUUUUGAUAAAGUCGAAAAAAUGUUGCUUUACAAGCAGAAGAAGAAUCAGGGUGCAAAGGGCAACAGGCUCUUGAUUAGCAUCACUGUUUUGGGAAGUGCAGGGCCGAUCCGCUUCGUUGUCAACGAGGAAGAACUUGUUGCUGCUGUCAUUGAUACUGCUUUGAAAUCCUAUGCUCGUGAGGGGCGGCUUCCUGUUCUCGGCUCUGAUCUUAAUGAUUUCCACCUUUAUUGCCCCUGUGCUGGAUCCGAUGCACUGAGUCCAUGGGAGACAAUUGGAUCACAAGGGGCACGAAAUUUCAUGUUGUGCAAGAAGCCAAAGACUGAGAAAAUGGAAGAUGAUGGGAGGUCAACUGGAGCAAUUACUAGGAAGGGAAGUGGGAACUGGAAGGCAUGGAUUAAUAAAUCCCUCAAUCUUAAGAUUUCCUCCCACUAAUAAUUCUCAAUCCUUUAUGAUCUUUAUUUCUUGGAUCAGCUUUACGUUUGAAUUAAGGACUGAACUUAGGCUAUCAUGGAAGACCAUGGUAGAAUGUUGGUUAUCUUUUCACCCUAUGUUCUCAUUCACGUGAGAAAGACCUGAAUUGUUAUUCAGGAAUAAAUUCGAGGUGUUAUUCUGUUUUUUUUGCAUUCCAAUAAAAUUGAACAUUUUUUGUGUGCUUAA